UGUAGGGUUUCCGGAUCGGAGCCGCCGCCGCAGCAGCCAUGGUUCGCGGAUCGCUCGGGAGGCUGGCGUCCCGCGCCCUCUCCGUCGGCGGCAAAUGGCAGCACCAGCAGCUCCGCCGCCUCAACAUCCACGAGUACCAGGGCGCGGACUUGAUGGGGAAGUUCGGGAUCAACGUGCCCAAGGGCGCGGUGUCGGGCUCCGUGCAGGAGGUCAAGGAGGUUCUGAAGAACGUCUUCCCCAGUGAGAAAGAGAUAGUUGUGAAAAGCCAAAUCCUCGCUGGUGGCCGUGGAUUGGGAACUUUCAAAAGUGGACUGCAGGGCGGCGUUCAUAUUGUUAAGGCUGAGGAGGCUGAAAGCCUAGCAGCUAAAAUGCUUAACCAGGUUCUGGUAACGAAACAAACUGGUCCACAGGGGAAGGUUGUGGGCAAGGUCUACUUAUGUGAGAAAAUGUCACUUGUUAAUGAGAUGUACUUUGCCAUCACCCUUGAUAGGCAGACUGCUGGUCCACUCAUUAUAGCUUGCAGCAAGGGAGGAACGAGCAUUGAAGAUCUUGCAGAGAAGUACCCUGAUAUGAUCAUUAAGGUUCCUGUUGACGUAUUCAAGGGAAUCACUGAUGAGGAUGCAGGAAAAGUUGUUGAUGGUCUUGCACCAAAGACAGCAGACAGACAAUCUUCCAUAGAACAGAUUAAGAAGCUAUAUGAACUUUUCUGCAAGAGUGACUGCACAAUGCUGGAGAUCAAUCCUCUUGCUGAGACAGCUGACAAAAAGCUAGUUGCUGCUGAUGCAAAGUUGAACUUUGAUGAUAAUGCUGCAUUUAGGCAGAAAGAAAUAUUUGCACUGCGUGAUACAACACAGGAAGACCCCAGAGAGGUGGCCGCUGCUAAAGCAGAUUUGAACUAUAUCGGGCUUGAUGGAGAGAUUGGUUGCAUGGUGAAUGGUGCAGGAUUAGCAAUGGCUACGAUGGAUAUUAUCAAGUUGCAUGGUGGUACACCUGCCAAUUUUCUCGACGUUGGUGGGAGUGCGUCAGAGGGACAGGUUGUUGAAGCUUUUAAGAUAUUGACUUCAGAUGACAGAGUGAAGGCAAUUCUAGUGAACAUUUUUGGAGGUAUUAUGAAAUGUGACGUGAUAGCAAGUGGAAUAGUAAAUGCAGCUAAACAGGUUGAUCUUAAGGUCCCUGUUGUUGUCCGGCUAGAAGGCACCAACGUUGACCAAGGGAAGAGGAUUCUUAAGGAAAGUGGAUUGACAUUGAUCACUGCAGAGGAUCUUGAUGACGCAGCUGAGAAAGCCGUAAAAGCAUAUGCCAAAUGAUUAAUGAUAUGUAGCAUAUCAGUCUAAAGUUCCUAUUUCUAAAGUGAUGCUCUUACUGAUUUCGCAGGCCGAAAUCUUGAAAUGCAUUUUUUUGAAGUGGAGUGAUUCCGCUUUUGAGUUUACCUUUGAACUUGUGACCUGUGUUAAUAAAUCUAUGUGGGCACAAAUAUGGGCAGCCAUUGUUUUCUCAA